UAAAUGUCCUCGUUUGAUUGUAACGAAUAUUAACGUACGGUGAAAUUUUUUGGAAAAACAAAUCACUAGAUUUUCGCGUGUAAUGAAAUUUCAAUAAGUCAACACCAAAUAAUUUUUAACAAAUAGAUAGUUCGCUUAGCCUCAUUUGUAUAUGUGUAUUAUGGAGGAGGAUGCUAAAUCUAAUGGCGAGCAAGGAACAAAAUCGUAUCUUCAGUUUCAAAUCGAGAGACUGAAAGUUUUAAAGGAAAAACUCAAUAAAAGCGAAAAAGAAGAUUACAAUAUCACCUUAAAGGAAGAACCACGAAGUGGCAAUGAGUCUGAGUCGAGUGAGUACAGCGACGACUCGGUGGCAUUUGAGUAUGAAGACCUGCAAACGACCAAAAGUACCGGACCCCGGAAGAACUGUAACAGAGGCAGGUGGAGUAAGGAAGAGGACGCGAAACUCAAAACAUAUGUUCGUGUGUACAAAGAGAAUUGGGAGAUAAUAGCUGCCCAGUUUCCUGAUCGGUCAGACGUGCAGUGCCAGCAGAGAUGGACCAAAGUUGUCGACCCCAAACUAGUCAAAGGCCCUUGGACCAAGGAGGAAGACGAGAAAGUAGUAGAAUUAGUAGGAAAGUACGGCCCGAAGAAAUGGACGCUAAUCGCGCGGCAUCUCAAGGGAAGAAUAGGAAAACAAUGCAGGGAGAGGUGGCACAAUCACCUCAACCCGUCGAUAAAGAAGACGGCCUGGACGGAACACGAGGACAGGAUAAUAUACCAGGCACACAAACAGCUCGGGAACCAGUGGGCAAAAAUCGCCAAACUUUUGCCCGGAAGGACCGAUAAUGCAAUUAAAAACCACUGGAAUUCAACGAUGCGACGGAAGUACGAGCCGGAUGGGGGUGAUGCGUUUGAAUCCCGGCGGAAAAGCAAAAUCAAGAAAUAUGAUCAUACCACUGAGCCAAAGGUUGCUGUAGUUUAUGAUAAUACCUGGUCAGAUCCAUUCAACGACUCAAUACAAAGUACCACGUCUUCGAAUGGCCAGCCAUCGAAGCACGUGCUGCACUUCCGUCAGCUGCUGAAGCAGCAACUCAACUCGUUGCAGAAUGUGUCAAACACGUCAAAUUCGUCAAAUGUCACAAUAAGAGAUUCGCCGGAACGAGGGAGCUUGGUUCCGGCGGAUACUAUGGAGAUAGUUGGGUCGGAUUAUAAGUUCGUUAACAUAAACUCUCUUCCCAAUGAAUCACCAAUAAAGUCAUACCUUUCGCAGCCGUCAUCGAGUAAUGAACAAAAUGCGUUCCUGUGUCAAGAUAAUAAAGAUAUUCCAAUAUAUAUGUCUCCGAAGAAGAAACUUCUGGAGUCCAGUCCACCUCCCAUACUACGACGGGGGAAGGCUUCUAGAAAUAACUCUGCAUGGUCAGAAGGCGCCACUCCAAUCAAAGCGCUUCCGUUCAGUCCCUCGCAAUUCCUCAAUUCGCCUGCUACGCUCUCCUUCCCGAACUUCGAUUCAUCGUUACGGCAUUCAGCUACUAAGGAUUGGACUCAAAGUCCAUUACUUCAUACACCGACUCCUGCGCAUCUAACGCCCGGAGGCUCCAAGACCACACCCAAAACUCCAACUCCUUUCAAAAUUGCAAUGGCGGAGAUUGGCAAGAAAUCGGGCCUAAAAUACUCGCCUUCUAGUCCCGGGGUCCUCGUAGCAGACAUCACGGAAAUGAUUGAACGAGAAGAGAGCGCUAAUAACGAGUCCACUCUCGCCAUGGAACAUGAUGGACAGGUGAACGACAGCGGUAUCGGGACGGCGUCCCUGGGGAAAGAGAACGUGCCGUCGCACAAGAGAGCGAGAAAGGCGUUGGCCCAGGCGUGGGGCGUGGCCACAUCCACGCCCCAUUCGCACGUGCCUGACGUCAGCUUCGUCGUGGAGACACCGAGCAAAACCCUCGCCGGCGACGAGAGUUCCGAACUAUUCUCAACCCCAAACAUGCACCGGAACUACUUGGACGAAUCGACCAGUCUCCAUAGCCUGGUCAGCGCCGAAAACACGCCGGACACGAAAUUCCAAGCGAAUUCCAUCUUAUUGGAAACAAAGGCACCGCGACGUACUUCAGAUGAGCCGGUAGUGAAGAAAUCCGCUGUACGGUCGAUUAAAUUCGACCAAGAGCCUGAAGUCAAGGAGGAGACGCCGUCCUUUAUAAUGUCAACAAUUAAGUGGGAAGUACUAGCUUGCGGCCUAACACAGGAUCAACUCGACCUAACUGCGCUCGCGCAUCAGUAUUUACGGAAAUCGACGUUAAAGCCUAGAUCGCUUAAUUUUUGUUGAUUUUAAAAAAGGAGGGUAGUUCAAACUACCCGCAUAAUAGUUGAAAUAAUUGGCAGUCAAAAAUUACUUUAAGGAAAUUAUGAGUUUAAUUAUAGUCAAUAUUUUUAUCUGUCCAUAUUUUUUUUAUUAAAAUUAAUAUAUGUUGGUUAAAACUUAAAAAUUCAUUUAUACAGAUUUUUUUUGCUGAAAAAUGGCUGAAAAGCAAAUCACAAAUAUAGGCGAGAGUUUAAAACUGAAAUCACUUUAGCAUAUAAGGGUUUAUUUAGGUAUUAGUAAGAAAAAACCUCACUACUCUAAGAAAAAUACUAUUUUUGUAUUGUGUGAUUGAUUUGUAAACCUUUGACUAAAACAGGUAUAUAAGUGUGUCUCAUAAUAAUCAUGGUGUAUGUCAACAAUUCGAUCCAAAUUAAAGGAAAAAGCUAGUUAAUACUAAGCUUGCAUUCGCUAUUGAAACUAUCAAAAUACGGUAUGACGUCAAGUUAAAGUUUCUAAAUAACUAUUGGUUUAAAUCACUAUUCAGUUUAUGUGGUAAGCAGUUGUGUGAUAUGUUUGUGUACGUUUUUGCAUGGGAGUGUCUUAUAUGUAAAAUCAGGUUAAUUUCGAAAACAAAUCCUAGCUAUCUUGCGAAUUUUUUAGUUAUUUUUUUGGGUCAAAUUUUAUCAUGGGUUUAUCGCCAUAUUGUAAAUAUUAUACGCAAUAUUUAAUUAGUUUAAGAAAAGUUAAAGAUUAGUGUUGAAGACGAAUACAAAACACGGCUGUUCAGAAAUGAAGCCCGACUCCGUACGUCAAAAAUCUACUGGAUUUUGACGUAUGGGAGUGACAAUUCGCGCGUAAUAUUUCUGAAUCUCAGCUUAAGUAAAAUAAAAACACUCUUCUGUAAGGAAAACGUGAGCAGCGCUCCGUGGCCAUAUUUGGAACUAAACCGAAACAACACGUUUGUACAGUCUAACAUUCAUCUAAUUUUUUAUAAUUAUCAAUCUCUUCUCUCUACGUAUUUUUCAUCUCCUUCAGGUUUUCUUAUUUAUAUUUCCUUUUCCUAACAUUUGUAGUUAUCAGAUUUUCGUGUUUCCUUACGAUAGUUUUGUAUUCGUCACUAUUUAUAUGUAUUUAAUUUGUUUGUAAUUUAAGAUUCUACGGUGUGUAAAGAUUAGAGGUUUUUAAACUGAA